UUAGCUCAAAAACAAGGCCUCAAACCAUCACAUACAGAUACACUGUGAUUUUGAUUCUUUGUUUUUAUAUGCCUGUAAAAAUGCACUUAUAUUUUUAAAAUACAGGCUGUAGCAGGCAGGUCUAUAGCUAUAUCCUAACACUGGACUGAGACUCAAGAGGCCUGGGUUCAAGUCUUGGCUCUACUACUGCUUUGCUACGUGCCUUUGAGCAAAUCACUUUCCUUUUUGUGCUUUCAUUUCCCCAUCUGGUAAAUGGAGAUAAUGCUGACCGCCUUAGUAAAGCACUUUGAGAACCAUAGCUGAUGAGUGUUAACAAAGAACUAUGAAUUAUUUAUUAUUAAAUGCAGAAACAAAUAGGGUUAAAAAUAGUUGUCUUGCCCAGUGUUAUUUCUCCUUUUAAUGCUUUUAACACAGGAUCUAGUCAGAAUACCAAGACUGUACUGAAAUGGAAAAGCUAACUAUAGUUGCACACUUGUCUUAUUGGAGGAGAACAAAUUUGUGAGGCUGGACAAUGACCUCAACCAUUAGAGGAAAGGAAAGCUAAAAGAAAAUAAAUGCCAAAAUACUCACUUAGAAGAAGAGUCAUAGGUUUCUCCAGUCACCUAUAAAGUGGAUCGUCUAGGGCUGCAAAUGACUGUCUCCCCCACAUUUAAUGGAUCAAUUACCAUAGGGGGGAGCAUGCUGGAAAGGCUAACAAAAGAGUACACCCAAAGUAGAAAAGUGUAGUGAUGACCAAAUACACUGUAGCUAAAGAAAUGGCAGCUGCACAUAAUGAAAAGCACCAAAUUCUGAAUUGUGUGGAAGUUAGGGAUGUUGAUAAAAGAUACCCUGAGAUUCUUAUAAAGCAGAACCUGAUGUCUUCGGUAUUUGGGAUGUUUGUUUUGUGUUCCAUUAUAUUUAUGCAAGGCAAAUCUGGAUUCUGUUUUGCUACCUGCUGUGUGUGUUUGAAGUAUCUUCUUGUGUUUCUACAGCUAAAUUAAGAGUUGCUUCAUAAUCAAAACAGCUCUUGUAGUUUUACUUAACUCUUCUAGCUGCAGGCUUAGAUUUCCAGGAAAAGUGAAGAUCUUCAUUUCCAUGAAAGUGAAGUAUAAGGGAGGUAGACAUUGUAAGCCUUUCCUUCACCCACUCACUGAUGUUACAUGUGCUAGCAGACUUCAUUCUUAUCUUCUACUGGAGACUAACUCUUCCUUGUAACUGAUCACCCAUUUGAAUUAUUUCUACAGGUGAUAACGUCAAUGUACUAUUUUCUCUUAAAUGGAUAAACAGCAGAAGGAAAAAGUUAUAAUUUGGAGUGGAUGGCAUACAAGCUUCCCUGACUCCUGGUUUUAUUGCAAGUUCAACAUGAAGUGAAUCUUUACUUAGUUCAGUUCAUUAACUUAACUAACAGUGAUCAAUUGUGCUCUGUCAGCAACACAAUUGGCUAUUGAAAGAUAGUGUUUGCUUAUGUUUAAGCAGGAGUCCCAGAAAAAGGAGUUUGCAGAGAAGCUUGAAUCUCUCUUGCACCGGGCGUAUCACCUUCAGGAAGAAUUUGGGUCAACGCUCCCUUCAGACAGCAUGCUGCUAGACCUGGAGAGAACUCUCAUGCUUCCCCUGACAGAUGAGUCACUGAGACUUCGGACUGAUGAUGAAGACAGUUUGACUUCCGAGGACUCCUUCUUCUCUGCUGCAGAGCUCUUUGACUCCCUCCAGAUUGGGAAAAUACCUUUUCAGCUCUCCAAGCCAGCAGCUGCAUAUGAAGAAGCUCUACAGUUGGUGAAUGAAGGGAGAGUUUCAUGCAGAACUCUGAGGACAGAACUUCUAGGCUGCUACCAUGAUCAGGAUUUCCUGGCAAAGCUGCACUGUGUCAGGCAGGCCUUCCAGGCCCUUCUGCAGGAUGAGAACAACCAGUUAUUUUUUGGGGAGGUUGGAAAGCAGAUGGUGACUGGACUGAUGACUAAGGCUGAGAAGAAUACCAAAGGUUUUCUGGAAAGCUAUGAGGAGAUGCUACAUUAUGCACUGAAGCAAGACACCUGGCCAACUACUCAGCGGGAGCUAGAAGGACGAGGGGUGGUGUGCAUGAACUUCUUUGAUAUUGUGCUGGACUUCAUUCUCAUGGAUGCUUUUGAGGACCUAGAGAACCCUCCUUCCUCUGUGCUAGCUAUCUUGCGCAACCGCUGGCUCUCUGACAGCUUCAAGGAGACGGCCCUAGCAACUGCCUGUUGGUCAGUUCUGAAAGCAAAGAGGAGGCUUCUAAUGGUACCAGAUGGCUUUAUCUCUCACUUCUACUCCGUAUCGGAGCAUGUCAGUCCUGUUCUAGCCUUUGGUUUUCUGGGGCCCAAACAGCAGCUGUCUGAAGUCUGUGGUUUCUUCAAGCACCAGAUAGUGCAGUAUUUGAAGGACAUGUUUGACCUGGACAAUGUGAGAUACACAACAGUGCAGUUGCUGGCGGAAGACAUUCUGCAGCUGUCACGGCGGCGCAGUGAGAUCCUCCUGGGAUAUUUGGGUAGUGAGACGACCCCAGAGAUGAAUGGGACACUGUCCAAUGAAAAUGGACCUUUGGAGGAGCUUAACUAAUAUUCAGUUACGGGAGAAAAUCCAUUUUCCUAAGAGACCUUUUUCUACUCCACCUGUUGUGGUAAUCAGUGGCAACAAAAACUGUUUCAUUCUGUGGCAUCACUGGCAGCAUUAACUACCUGCCCGGAACGACUAUGUUUUCUUAGUAGUAGGAGUGUUGGCUGGAACAACUCCAGGACCACUUACAGGUUUAUGAUUUUAACCUCCUGUUCUCUAUUCCACGUCUCCUUUUAUUUUUUUAAAUUUAUUUUAGUUGUGAAACAAACUGCCUGUACCCAAAAUCCUCCCCUUCCACAUUGCAAGGGGCAGCAGAUAAGCACGUUCCCACCAUUGUGUUCUCUGGGAGCAGAUCCCUGAUAUGCAGGGAGUGCAUAGAUAGGUAAAAUGUUAACAAAUUCUGACUUUGGCUCUUACCUCCUCUUUGAAUGAGAAGGUAUUUUAAAAAGUUCUUCUCUGCCCUCUGGAUGUUACUGCUGAUUUUAAUUUAUAAAUUUGAUAGUAUACAAUGCUACUUUCAGGCAUGAUGAAGAAGAAGAGAAAUAAUUGUUUGCUGUGGGGAGGAAUAAUGAUUCUGUAAAGCACUGAAGACAAAAGAAUGGAAGUAAAAUGCAGAUUUUUUUAAUGGCUGGCGCUGGAAGUGAGUUUAUCCUUCAUUCCCUAUGUGGUGUUGCUUUUGUAAACUAGAUGUUUUCACUGGUUGUCUGAUACCUUUGAAGACUAUAAUAGGCAGACUGAGAAUGUUGGUUAUAAGAAAGAGUUGGACUUGUAUCCUGAUUAUGCAUGCAUAAAUAUUUCCUUCACUGUACAUCAGAGUGCCUUGAUGUGUCAGAAUUAGCCAAUAAUAAUCAGUCUCUCUUACUGGACAGGUAUCACAGGGUAUGGAAAUACACAGGUGGGGAAAGGAUGUCAGAUGGCACCUACUGCCAUUACUUGUAAAAAUGAGCAGAGUGGGAGGAGUUAGAUGUGAAACUAAUACAUUCUGCAUUUCGAUGGUGUCAUUAAAAGAGCUGGGAUUCUGGAUAAAGCUGUUGAAGGAAAACUCUUAAAUCUCUAGUUUCAUCACAUUAAAUAAUGUAGUCUUUUGUUUUGUUUUGUUACAGUUAACUAUGGAAUGAAUGUAUAUAUACAUAUUGUUAUAAUGACAUUCAGAAGUG